AUGCUUAGCCUUCCUUUGCUGUUGCUCCUCUGGGGCACCAGCUCAUAUAGCUUCCCCGUGUUUCAAGAAGGACGCCGGCAAGAUGCGGAGACUGUCUGGAAAUACCUGGAAAACUACUACAACUUGGGCAAAGACACAGCAGAUAAAACCCUGAGUGGCAAGGACUUGAUGGCCGGAAAGCUGAAGCAAAUGCAGCAAUUAUUUGGGCUGAAAGUGACCGGAAAGUCAGAUCCUGAAACUCUGAGAGCGAUGGGGAAGCCCAGGUGUGGGGUGUCUGAUGUGACGCCAUACUCCAUCACCUACGACAAUCCACGCUGGACAAAAACACAUCUGACGUACAGCAUUUUGAACUACACACCAUAUUUGCCAAGAGCAGUUGUGGAAGAGUCCAUCGAGAAAGCCUUCCAAGUCUGGAGUGAUGUGACACCACUGACAUUCUCCAGGGUCUUUGACGAGGAAGGGGAUAUCGUGCUGGCUUUCUACAGAGGAGACCACGGUGACAAUAACCCUUUUGAUGGACCCUUCUAUGGCCUUGCUCACGCUUUUCAGCCAGGACCGGGAAUUGGGGGUGACGUUCAUUUCGAUCUUGAUGACAGGUGGACCGACACCAGUGAGAAUUUCAACUUGUUCUAUGUUACGGCUCAUGAGUUGGGCCACUCCCUUGGACUCACUCAUUCCUAUGAUAUUGGGGCACUAAUGUUCCCCAGCUACACAUGGUACACUGAGGACUUUGUACUAAACCAGGAUGACAUCAAUCGCAUCCAGGCUUUAUACGGACCUUCCCAAAAUCCCAUCCAGCCAACAGGUGCAACAACCCCGAAACCAUGUGACCCCGAUCUAAGCUUUGAUGCUAUAACCACAUUUCGGGGAGAGGUGAUGUUCUUCAUAGGCAGGUUCUACAUCCGUGUAAACAACUUCAUGCCACAGCCUGAGCUCAAUUUGAUAGGUAUUAUCUGGCCAGAUCUGCCAGGUAAACUUGAUGCUGCUUAUGAAGCUAGUAUGAUGGAUGAAGUGCGCUUUUUCAAAGGCAAUAGGAUGUGGGCUGUUCGUACAAGGAGUGUGAUGAACGGAUACCCCGUGGACAUCCACAGCUACUUUGGCUUCCCUCACUACGUGACACAUAUUGAUGCUGCUGUCUGUGAGGAAGAGACUGGAAAAACAUACUUCUUUGUUGAUCACAUGUACUGGAGGUAUGAUGAAUAUAGACGGUCCAUGGAUCCAGGUUAUCCCAAAUUAAUAACAGAGGACUUCCCUGGAAUUGGCGAUAAAGUUGAUGAUGUUUUCCAGAAAUAUGGGUAUUUCUAUUUCUUUCACCAAUCAACUCAAUACAGAUUUGACCUCCAAACGAGAAGUGUUGAUGCUCCCCGUGAUUCCAACACCUGGUUCAACUGCUGA